AUGAAAAGAUGUGGCAGCGCAAUCCAGCGCUGCUUUCGCUUCGUCCUCUUUUUUUGCCCAUUUCUCCCAGCAGAUGCUUUGCGCCCGGAGAUGCAUUUGGAUUUGGAUGCGGAAAGUGGAGAUGAGAAGCAACGCAGCAGCACUGGCCUGGGUACAACGGUUCAGAUGCUGAUGCAAGCUGCCGACAGUUUCUUCAUGAGUGCGGACAUGGUGGCAGAACGCGCAGAGGCAGAAAACUACCACUUGGCCUUUGGGGUGUCCAGCUUGGGACUCGAACUCCAAGAUCGCUUCCGGAUGUUCGCAGUGACUCGCGCUUUUGAACUGGCAGGACGAGCGAAGAAUGAAGGUCACAGCAUGGAUUCAGAUCCUUCCUCUCCGCCGAAAAACAAAGAAGAAGAAACAAAAUCCAUCGUAGCAAAGUCCAUCGAAUUGAUGAAACCCGAUGCCAAUUUCAGCUGCCAAGACGAUCGAAAUUUGGAUCUUUGGCUCCGAGGAAUGAGAUCCGAGCUGGGUACAAGGAGAGCUCGGGGGACUGCACAACAUUUUCGCGCCCGCACGACGUUGAAGAACUAUUGCAACAUCCUGGAAAUUGUGAAGGACAAGGCCAGAAAUGUUCAGGUUGACAUGGAGGACGUGAGGCGCCUCCAAGAGGCAGCAAGUUCUGUUGGAGCAACCAGAAAGAUGGAAAAGCCCGAGCCUGUGCAGCGUGGUCCCAUGCAUCAAAGUGAAGAGGACAAGCGAAAUUGGCAUCGUGCAGAAGCGAUCCGGAAUCUGAACUGGAUCUCCAACUGGGAUGCUUCAGAUGUCAAUCUGUUGAAGGAGCUUCAUGUCAGGGCUGUGAUGAUGAAUAAGAACCUGAACAAACUUGUGCAAUUUAGUGCUGAGAGUGCGGAGGUUGACUGGCUGACGGUCGAGCCUGAGACGACCAAGAAGCCAAGUGGGAAGGCAGGCCGCGUCAAAGAAAAGCUGCUUGAGGGUGCAAAGUUCGUCGGCAAGUACACAAAGGCAUAUCUGAAGAAAUUGGGCAAGAGCAGUACGCUCUUUUUUUCGAACUGCUGGAGCAGCUUCAAGCGUCAUCUUCGGAAUUCUGAGCGCCGCUGCGAGAGGGAAAAUGAAGAAGGUUCUAAAAAAGCUGCAAAGACGGCCGGACUUCCACACAGCACCAGCCAAAAGACCAUUUCCCAGAGAGCCCACAGAUUGUCAAGCAUGGAGGUUGGAGUCCUAAAGAAAGAACGCGGCAAAGUUGAGAAAGCCAUGGAUGUAGCGAUCCACGAUGCUGAUCUAGGUUCCCUUCCAGAAGACGAGGCAAAAGCGAAGCUAGGCACUGUUCGCCAAACAGCACAAGAACUUCACCAGCAAUUUGACAAAGGAGAGCUUGACCGGAUCGAUGAGGCCGAGGAGAUCAUCGACGAGGUCGAAGGCACUGUUUGCAAGACUCAACGAAAAUCAGCGUUCCAACGUUUGAAGGACGUGUUCCGAAAAUCGAAGGACUCUUUGAUGGCUGGCUUCAAGAUGACAGCGCCCAAUUUGGGCAUUCGCGGCGUUGGGAUGUCGGCGUCUGGCUUUGGUGGCGGACUGGAAGAGGUGGUGGACUUCCGAAAUCGAGAGAUUGCUCAGUUUCGGUGGGGUGCUGGCUUCUUUGGAGCUUCAGUGGGAGGAAUGGGCAUGGGCGGCUAUGCGGGAAUCGGCUGGAAAGGAUAUAAAGAGAACUGGACUUUGCAAGAGGCCCAAGUCACAGGCCUUUGGACUUCCAAGGGUUUGACACCAUCCAUCUUCGGGAUCAAUGCAGGUCUAAGCGUCACCUUCGGGACUGAUGCGGACAAUUCAGUCCCAGGCCCAUGGGUGCCUGAGCCACAUGGCAUGAGCAGCGUGCUAUUGGGCUGGAGCGUCGGGGCUAGCAUCACAAAGGCGGUGGUGCCAAUUUCAGUGGACUUUGGCGCAUCCUACUGUUGGUACCUAAACUCGGAGUGCUUCGAAUCCUUGGAGGAGUUCAUCAAGUACUUGUGGCUCCCGCUUUGCAAGGAUUGUCAAGGAACAAGCGAGCGUGCCAUCGUUUCUGGCUUGCGCUUUGGGAUUCACGCGCCCAGCUUUCCAAUCAUCAGUGAAAUGGCCUUUUCUGUCAUUGCAGCCUUGUAUGACCGGCGUGUUCGUGAGACUGACUACAAGCCAGAAUGCUCACCGGGCAGUGUGACAACCAGAAAGGAUCCGGCGCACCUUAUCCGCCAAAUUGGAGAUUUGAUGUUUACCAACGCACGGCUGCUGGAAGACUUGGUCAGCAAAUGGGAUGUCUUUGUCCACGAGAUGAGCAUGGCCGAGGCGUACAACCCUGACAUGGAGAAGUCCAAGGAGUAUAGGAAAUGGCUGAAGGCUGCAACUACAGAAUUUCAAGCGUGUCCAAAGCAGGGCCCCAUCUCAGAAAUCUCGAGCGACACGAUGGACGUGUUCAAGGAGAUGACUGACGAUGAGUUGCAUGGCCUGUGCAAGACUUACAAGAAGCAGUUUGGCUUGGAACUCUUCUGCGACGCUCCGGGCCAGACCCGCCAGAGCCUAGAGGAACGGCUCUUGAUCUAUGACAAUCUGAAAGAAGGAUGGCUUUCAACUCAGGACUUGCAAAAGUUGAUGAUGGCGCUUCGAUCUACGUCAAUUGCAGGCAAAAUCUUUGCAGAGAGAAGGCACGAGUGCCUUCACAACGACACCACCAAGAUCCUAUCGUCGGUGGACGCCCGCGUGUACGUUUACCGAUGCAUGCCGUCUCUUGAAGGCUUGAAAGUUUUAGAAUCGAAAGCAACUGACAAGCAGAUGCUCAGACUAUGCGAGCUUAAGGGGCUUCAAUGCAGCUCAGAGACCAACGUGGUUUGGAAAAAGGCAUGUAAAGUCUGCGACACCAGAGCGAUUCGGAAGCUUCAAAAGUUCUGUGCCAAGUGCGGCAAGAAGGAGAUCGACAAGCACGGCAUGGCCACGAAGAUUUUGCAGGUUUUUGGUGGUGGCUUCAUUGAGCCUGCUGGGCCGAACAACCCCUUUGGCUCUUGCGAGAGGACGGAGGAUUGUUGGAUGCCCAACACCGAGUGCAUCGGAAAUGAAGGCAGCAAGGUCUGUUCCUGCAAGGCCGGCACUUGCUUCAACCUCGUGAAGAACAUCCGGAAUUGGAAAGACAACACGGAUAUGUUCCCGAUCUGUCAGGCUGAAUCAAGCGCUUGGAGAGAGAUUGUGGCGGGAAUGAAGCGUACGAAGCCCAGAGCGAAGCAAGGAUUGUUUUUCAACCACCAAUAA